UGACGGAUAUGAGGCUACGAUCCUCAAGUCAAAAGCAAACAAAAUACAACACAAUAAAUGACAACAUCAAGCCGAUUUAUACGAUUUAUAGCUAAAAAGUAAAUGAUUAUAUUGUAAAUUGAAUAAAAUCACACGAAGUAAAAUGGAAUUCAGCUUCGAACGAGAUGGAAUACAAAAAGAGGAAGAAUCAGAAAACAAUCCUGAAGUCUUUUCUCCAUCGUCCGCUUCAACAAUCGAUUCUUCCAUAAAACUAGAAUAUCAGAUUUGUGACGAGCAAUUUACACAGAAAAGUGAUCUUCAUGAAGACGCCUUAGUACCUAAAGAGAAACCGGAUUAUAGUUGCGAACUUUGCGGGGAACAAUUUUCAAUGAAGAAAGCUCUGAACAAGCACAUGAUCGUUCAUACUGAAGACCAACAAUUUAAGUGUGAUGUGUGUGGCAAAGAAUUCCUGUAUUAUCAGAAAUUAAAGGACCACACAAAUAUUCACACUGGUGAGCGUCCGUACAAUUGCACUGCAUGCGAAAAAAAGUUCUCGUCCAAAGUGAUGCUUGUUCAACACAUGCACAUUCACACGGGCCAGCGUUCGCACAAAUGCAGUGUAUGCGGAAAAGAAUUUUCUAUUAAGCGUUGCCUAACUAAACAUAUGUCUAUUCACCAAAGUGUGUACAAAUAUAAGUGCGAAGUGUGUGGCAAAACCUUUAAUGAAGAUGUUUACUUCACGAAACACAAACGCAUACAUACGAAGGAGAAAUUUAAAUGUAGCAUAUGUGGGAAAAAGUAUUUUAAUAAGUAUCUCAGCAGACACAUGAAAAUUCAUGUAGAUGGUUACAAGCAUAAGUGUGAUGUGUGCGGCAAAGGAUUCAACUGCAAAUCUGUUUUGAAAGACCACGAAUUUAGUCACACAGGUGAACGGCCAUACAAAUGCACCAUAUGUGGAAAGGACUUCAAUCAUAAAACAAAACUUUCUUUACACAUGAAAAUUCACACAAUCGAGCGACCGCACAAAUGCACCCUAUGUGGGAAAGAUUUCGCCAUUAGGGCUUACCUAACUAAACACAUGCUUACUCACACGGAUGAAUAUAAGUAUGAGUGUGACGUGUGUGGCAAAGGAUUUGUGGACAGAACACCCUUGAAAGAUCAUCAACGUCUUCAUACAGGAGAGCGACCGUUCAAAUGUACCGUAUGUGGGAAAGAUUUUGUAAUUAAGGGUUCUUUAAUUAAACACAUGUCUAUUCACCAAAAUGAGAACAAAUAUAAGUGCGAAAUGUGUGGCAAAGCCUUUAAUGAUGGUUCUAACCUCACGAGACACAAACGUAUUCAUACGAACGAGAAGUUUAAAUGCAGCAUAUGCGAGAAAGAUUAUAGUACUAAAUAUGAACUUAGCAGACACAUGAAAAUUCACGUGAAUGGUUACGAGCAUAAGUGUGAUGUGUGCGGCAAAGGAUUCAUCACCAAAUCACUUUUGAAAGACCACGAACAUAGUCACACAGGUGAACGGCCUUACAAAUGCACUGUGUGUGGAAAAGAUUUUCACGGUAAACUAAAUCUUACUCUACACAAGCAACUUCACACAAGCGAGCGACCGUACAAAUGUACCGUAUGUGGAAAAGAUUUUGUCGUUAUGGCUUACCUAACUAAACACAUGCUUACUCACACGAAUGAUUAUAGGCAUGAGUGUGAUGUGUGUGGCAAGGGAUUCCAAACCAGAUCACUCUUGAAAGACCAUGAAAACACACAUACAGGCGAGCGACCGUACAAAUGCGACGUAUGUGGAAAAGAUUUUCAAGGUAAACAAAAUCUUACUCUACACAUGCGUCACCACGCAAGCGAGCGACCUUACAAAUGCGCCGUAUGUGGAAAAGAUUUCGUUGUUCAGUCUUUCCUAACCAGACAUAUGUCUAUUCAUGAAAAUAGUUACAAAUAUAACUGUGAUAUAUGCGGCAAAGGAUUCGUGACCAGAUUACGCUUGAAAGACCACAAAAGCAAUCAUACAGGAGAGUGACCUUACAAAUGCACCGUAUGUGGAAAAGGUUUCGCGGCUAUGUCUUAUCUGUCCAUGCACAGGUUAAUUCACGACCACAUGCUUCGCAACACGGCAUCAGUGUGAUGUAUAUGGCCAGGGAUUCAAAAUCAGCUUAGUUUUGAAAGACCACGAUUUCAAUGUAAUCGGCAUAAUUACGUGAAGCUACAUUUUCGCAAUCAUAAGUAACAAUACUACCGAAAAAAUCAAUCAAAAAUUGUAGAACAACUUGAGGAACAUCUAAAACAAUUGUGCAGCAAACCACCAACUUGUUCAUGUUUCACUAGCAGUUAUACUGGCCAUACUCGCAUAUCGGUCCCUUUAUCGAUUUUCGCCAAUUUUCAAUUAGCUUGAUGAAGGAAAUCUAUCCUCAAUAUACUCUCAGAAAUUGCCCAAAAAGUUAAGGGUUUGUUCAGUAAAAUGUGAAAAAAAAACAUCAACUCAUGUCUGUCUCAUAUGCAAAGUACCCGCAUAUCAGUCCCAUUCAGAACAGUGGAAGAGCAAAGGUGUGAUACUUCAUGUAAUAAUACUAUGAUUUAGUAUUACGUAGGACAAUAAUUAAAA